AUGGGGCAUUGGCCUCAUCUGGUUUUAGCAAUCUCAUUUUGUGUAAUAGCCACUGCAGUGGUUGCUUAUGAGCCUUAUAUUUAUGCUUCGCCACCGCCACCAAAACAUCCUCAACACUACUAUAAACACCCUGUUCUGAAAUCCCCUCCACCACCGAAGUAUGUGAAACACCCACCAUAUCAUUACAAGUCUCCUCCUCCACCGCCCAAGUAUGUCAAACAUCCACCUUAUCAUUAUAAGUCUCCUCCACCACCACCAAAAUAUGUAAAACAUCCUCCGUAUCAUUAUAAGUCUCCUCCUCCACCUCCAAAACAUGUUAAGCAUCCACCUUAUUAUUACAAAUCUCCUCCACCACCACCUAAAUAUGUAAAACACCCUCCAUAUCACCACAAGUCUCCUCCUCCCCCACCAAAGCAUGUCAAGCAUCCGCCUUACUAUUACAAAUCUCCACCACCGCCACCUAAAUAUGUAAAACACCCUCCAUAUCACUACAAAUCUCCUCCUCCGCCUCCUAAGCAUGUCAAGCAUCCGCCUUACUAUUACAAAUCGCCUCCUCCCCCACCAAAGUACGUGAAACAUCCUCCUUAUUAUUAUAAGUCUCCUCCACCUCCAAAAUAUGUCAAGCACCCACCUUACUAUUACAAGUCACCACCACCACCAUCUCCAUCACCGCCUCCUCCAUAUGUUUAUAAGUCACCACCACCUCCGUCACCAUCACCACCUCCACCUUACGUCUAUAAGUCUCCUCCUCCACCAUCUCCAUCUCCACCACCACCUUAUAUCUACAAGUCUCCACCACCACCCUCUCCCUCACCUCCUCCACCAUAUGUUUACAAAUCACCACCUCCACCACCAAAGCACGUAGAACACCCUCCAUAUCAUUAUAAAUCACCACCACCACCCUCUCCUUCACCUCCUCCGCCAUACGUUUACAAAUCACCACCUCCACCACCAAAGCACGUAGAACACCCUCCAUAUCAUUAUAAAUCACCACCACCACCCUCUCCUUCACCUCCUCCACCAUACGUUUACAAAUCACCACCUCCACCGCCCAAAGCACGUAGAACACCCUCCAUAUCAUUAUAA